ACCUCGCCCAUCCCAAGUCGCACGGCCCAACCCAACCCACCUGCCCACCACUGAAGCCAACCGGCCCGAGUGCGGAGUGCCCCCCACCCUUCCGUCCCCACUCCCGGGACUCCCCAAACAGCACAGCUCCGGCGAGUCCGGCCAUGCCGUCGUCGUCGUCGCUGAUCCAAGGCAUCUCCAUCUCCGUCUCCGACGACGAGGAGGCCACCGGGAAGGUGCGCGUCCGCGUCCGCCGCAAACGCUCCCGCCCCCACGUCUCCGCUUACGCCCGCCGCCGCCGCCUCCUCUUCCGCACCGCGCGGCUGGGCGUGCCGCUCCUCCUGGCCGCCCUCGCCGUCUCCCUCCUCCUCUACGAGUCCUACCGCCUCACCCCUUCCCACUCCUCCACACUGCCUCCGCCGUCCUUCGCGAACUUCGGCGACCUCUCUCGCGCCGCUGAUAGCCCCAGGAAGUCGUGCUUGAAAUUUCUUGAUCCUGAGAAGCUUCAAAAUCUGGAGCUUCCAGAAAUUCCUGAAACAAAUAUCUCAAUCAAGGAAGUUGUUUACAGAUCAAGUCUGCACCACAUCGAAGAUGAUAUACCGACACAUACAGAGAGUUCACGGUUUAACUCGUUCACAGGAUACCAGACACUGACUGAAAGAGAUGAAAGCUUCAAGACCAAGGAAAGUGUGACAGUGCAUUGUGGCUUUUAUGAUGAGAAUGGAGGGUUCCGAGUUUCUGCUGCUGACAAAGAAUAUAUGAGAUACUGCAAAGUUGUCGUGGCAACCUGUGCAUUUGGUGGAGGUGACGACCUUCACCAGCCAAUAGGAAUGACGGAAAACUCUUUCAGAAAGGUUUGCUAUGUAGCUUUCUGGGAUGAAGUCACUCGAGCGGCUCAAGAGGAGGAAGGCAACAUGAUUGGUGAAGACAACAAGAUUGGCCUAUGGAGGAUCAUUCUUGUUAGCGAUCUUCCUUUCUCAGAUCAGCGGUUGAAUGGAAAAAUUCCCAAGCUGAUUAGCCACCGCCUUUUCCCCAUGGCACGAUACUCAAUCUGGGUGGAUUCAAAAUCUCAGUUCCGGAGAGAUCCAUUGGGAGUCCUUGAAGCCCUUCUUUGGCGUUCAAACUCUUCUUUAGCAUUAUCUGAACAUGGAGCUCGGAGUAGCCUGUAUGACGAGGCGAAAGCGAUUGUUAAGAAACACAAAGCAACUCCAGAAGAAGUUAAAGUGCAGUUGGAUCAGUACCGACAGGAUGGCAUUCCUGAUGAGAAGAGAUUCAAUGGGAAGAAAGCUCUGGCAGAAGCUUCAGUGAUCGUGAGGGAUCACGGCCCCUCGACCAACCUCUUCAUGUGCCUCUGGUUCAACGAGGUGGUCAGGUUCACGUCCCGCGAUCAGCUGAGCUUCCCCUACGUCCUGCGGCGACUGAGGCCGCCGGGCGUCCACCUGUUCCCCGUCUGCGCGCGCAAGGACCUGGUCAACAGCUUCGGGCACAGGCGCAAGGUGAAGCCGCUCGUCAAGGACGCGAGAUGAGCCUCUCCUUUGGGGUCGUCUCGUCUUGGUCGCGACAAGUAACUCUGCUGGUGCGUGAGAUCAGCGUGCCUGACUAGUUGCAGUCAUAAAUAUGAUUGUGUAGGUGGACUCCGACGUAGUAGUGAAAUUUACAGUGAGAGUGCUGCCAUCGAAGUAGUGCAGUGUACACCAGCUGUGUUAGGGUAGGGUAGAGAAGGAUGCAGCUGACGACAUGUUUCAGGCAAAGCCGGCCUGAGCGUUUUGCCAUUCUUCCUGGUGAAGAACCGAAGAAUUCAAUACAAGAUCGGACCGUUCAUCUUGACA